GCCUAGAUCCACCAUUUUGUGGACGGACUCGGGUGGAAACACAAGGAAAGCAUUGAUUUUGCUGGUGAAAGAGAAAAAAAAAGAGAAUAAGAAUCAGCAAAUCGAGGGAAUAGUGUCUCUCACAGGGUGGGAGCAUCGGUGGUACAUUUUAACGAAUGUGGAGAGGAUUUUAACGACUUUUCACUUCAAUAAAACAUGAGUACGGUGAGUUAAUGGAAUACGAUGUCACGCUAUCCGUCCGAUUGUAAGAUCUAUGUCGGGGAUCUCGGCAGCAGUGCUACGAAGCAAGAUCUCGAAGAUGCAUUUUCAUACUACGGACCCCUGAGGAAUGUUUGGGUGGCUAGAAAUCCACCGGGUUUUGCAUUCGUCGAGUUUGAGGACGCGCGUGACGCCGAUGACGCCGUUAGGGGCUUGGAUGGAAGAACAAUUUGUGGAAGAAGAGCUAGGGUCGAGCACUCCAAUGGUAAACGUCUGAGGGAUCGUGGUGGUGGUUCCAGACGUGGUGGAGCUGGUGGUAGACCUUUCCAUCCUGAGGAUCGUUGCUAUGAGUGUGGUGAGCGUGGACACUAUGCCAGGGACUGUCCCAGGCACAGGGGAGGACGCAAACGCAGGUCUUAUUCAAGAUCACGAUCAAGAUCACGUAGCAACAAGCGUUCACGAUCAUCAUCGCGCAGUCGUUCACGCAGCAGAAGUGGUAAUGACAGGCGUGGAAGAUCACGCAGCAAGGGAAGAUCCGAUUCAAAGGAUCGUAGUCCUCGACGCACGAGGUCAAGAUCAGCAUCCAGAUCUCGCAGCAGGAAAUCAAUGAACGGCGAUCGCAACGGAGGCUCAUAAGGUCUCACUCAACAAUUGAAGACGCAUUUUCACUAAGAAAUUUAGUUCUCGUUCUCGUAUGGUUUUCAAGGCUUGAAAUACAGACUUACCUCUAAUUUUCAUCAAUUCCUUUAUAAUUCCCUCUUUCAAUUCACGAAUUGUAAUCUUUGUCAUUGUAACGACGUUGGGAGUUUGUUGUUGAACACGAGAUCCAAUUAAUUAAACUUUAACAACUGUAAUUGAAGUUCAAUAAACAACUUUUGACAAGAA